AUGCGAGUGGCCGCGUGCCUCAGCGACAACUUUCUUCUUUCUCUUUCUUCUCUCCCCGAGACGCAGAGACAAUUCAUCAUUGCUAUCUCCACCUGCAAAGAUGAGGACCUCCUCGGCCACCUCAGACCCUUCAAGGGGUGGAUGUGGGAGCGGCAAGGCGACGUCUCUGCCUGGGCCCCCGCGCUGAACCGCUUCGAUGAUCUCCUCAACGCCUACGCGCAGCACACGGGGCUCUUUCCUGAGGCCUCAGCCCCCCAGGAUCCCCCCGCCUUCGUCCCCUGCGAAGCACUGGUCGUCGCUAUCCUGGAGACCUCUUACAUCGUACUGGAGAACUGCUCCUCCAAGGCAAGCCCUGGAUGCUGUCUAGGGUUUAGGUUUCUGUACGCGUCGGUGGACGUGGUGACGGCGCUGCUGCAGUCGUUUUGUCUCCCCAUCGUUUGCGGGGCCAUUCAGCUCCUCGCUGUCUGCUACGGCUUCAUCAGACGCAACAGGAGAAGUGCGCUGCCGCGGGACUGCCCAGACUUCGGCAGCCGGCUGUCGCUCUUUUGCUUCCGCCCGGUUGCUUACGAUGCGUUCGUGCUGCAGCAGCAGCCUGAGCUUGCUGCAGCACGAGCUGCGAGGCAUUCUCCUUGUCCCUCGCCGCUCCCCCGCAGCAGCAGCAGCAGCAGCAGCAGCAGCAGCAGCGGGGGGGGAAGCAGCGGUGUUGGCGAAGGCAGUGAUGGCACGGGUAUGGUCGUUGAAGGCGAUGCAGCAGCAGCAGAAGCAGCAGCAACAGCAACAGGAUCAACAGCGGCUGCUGCACCAACAGCAGCAGCAGCAGCAGCAGCAGCAGGGGGGAGAAGCAAAACAGCAGCAAACCGCCUCGAUCUUCUCUCCUUUUGUUUAGCUGAUGAACUGCCAGCAGACAUCGCCGGCUUCUUUGAGUUGCAGUGGAAUGUUGUUGCUGCUGAUGCUGCAGCAGACAGCAGCAGCAGCAGCAGCAGCAGCAGCAGUGACGCUAUGAUGGUGGACAACGCGAGCGAAGACGCUCCCAGCAGCAGUGGAAACCACCAGCAGCAGCAGCAGCAGCAGCAGCAGCAGCAGCAGCAAGUGCAGCCGCAUGCAGUGCGUACUGCGCUGCGUCACCGUAUGCGUUUGCUGCACGGGCUGCGUUGUGCUGCAUACCGGGGGGGUUUAGUGGAUGUGUAUUUGUGUUCUUUGUCUUGCUUUAUGAUCGUAUCUCCUUCUUCUUUCUCCCAGUUGCUGCAGCAGCAGCCGCUGCUGCUGCCUGAGUUUGCUGCUCUCCUUAAACAUGGGGAACGCAUCAGCUCCCGCACGCUGCUGCUGGCAGCAGACUUGCUCUCUCUCCUCCUUGAGGACAAGGCUUUGUACAGACAAACAGCGGGGUUGGUUGGGGUUUUUUCUCCGUACGGUUUGUUUUUGUCUUUGCUGCGGCGGCUGCUGGCGAACCCCUUCAUCGAUCGCCCCUUUCGUGUCUCUCGCAUACACACAGCACCACCAAGCAGCAGCAGCAGCAGCAGCAGCAACAGCAGCAGCAGCAGCAGCAGCAACAGCAGCAGCAGAAGUAGUAGCAGGUGCAGGUGUUGCCAGAAAGAGCAGCAGCAGGCGCAGCAGCAGCCGGACCACCAGCAGCAGCAGGACCAACCCGACCAGCAGCAGCAGCAGCAGCAGCAGCAGCAGCAGCAGCAGCAGCCAGUGAUAGAGUAUGUGGUGGUUGAGGCCCCUGAUGAAGCAGCACUGCGCUCCUGGGAGGAUAGGGUUGCUAGGAAGGGGGCGCUGCAGCAGCUCGAAGCAGACCUCAACCGCAUGCAAACCCUAAUGCAUCUUCUUGCUGCUUACUCAGCCAUCGUCGGCACCACACACAGCGUCAUACAUGCUUUCGUACAACCAAGUUUGCUGCGAGCACUGAUUGGUUUUUUGCGUCACCGGGACCCGCUGCUGGUGCCGGUGCAGAUGAUAGUGCUGCGGGCGUUGGAGGCGCACGUGGAGCAGCAGCACAGCAGCAGCAGCAGCAGCAGCAGCCAGCUGCUGCAGUUUAUACAAGAAGAGUUGCAGCUGCCAGAGAGGCUUCAGGAACGCAUGCUUUAUGAUGCUGCAUGCAUGCAGCAGCGAGUCAAAGACAUGCAGCAGUAUGAGCGCUGGGUGGGCUGCUGCUGCAGCUGCAGCUGCUGCAGCAGCAGACGCGACAACCACACAAACAACAGCAGCAGCAGCAGCAGCAGCGGCAGCAGCAGCAGCAGUCAACUCGCAGUAGACGGGGAACAACAACAGCCUGUGACAUCUUCCGACAGCAGCAGCAGCAGCAGCAGCAGCAGCAGCAGCAGCAACAGCAGCAGCAGCAGCAGCUGCUGCUGCUGCUGCUGCUCCAACGCCGGCAUAGACUGGACGGAGCGAUGGGUCUACCCAGCAAAUGGUAGCGACGACGAGCGUUUACUAUACUGGCUGAAGGCAUGCGAGGUGGAGACUCGACGCUGCGUGCUGAAGACAGCCACAAAACAGUUUUAUUUUAUUGCGGCCAACCACAAGCUGCACCCUCCCUUUCUCUACGAUAUGCUCACACCCAGGGCCCCUCUCGCUGUCCUCUGCGCCGACAUCAUCGCUAACCCAGAACAUUUUGGGGUUGGCUGCGUCGCCUCUUUUUUCUCCGUCAUCACCGACGCUGUCUCCGAUGCCCCCCGCCACGCAGCAGCAAUCAGCCAGCUGCCGGUGGUGGCUUUGCUGCUGAGCAGCGUGCAUGCAUCUUACCUGCGUCUCUACCUGCAGCAGCAGCAGCAGCAGCAGCAGCAGCAGCAGCAGCAGCAGAAGCAGCAGAAGGAGGGUGGGUUCAUCCCUUACCGCUAUCAUCAUCAGCAGCCGCUGCCACUGCCAGCAUCCGGAGACCACCAGCAGCAGCAGCAGCAGCAGCAGCAGCAGCAGCAGCAGCAGAAUAUGGGUUUGCUGCUGCGGCGGCAGCAGCUAGCGCAGCAAUGCGUGCUGCUGCAUGAAGGGUGCUUAAACUCCCUGGGGGCCCUCAUCACCUCUCUCGCUUCACAUACAGCCGGGCUGCGGGCCCUAAGACAAGACAAAGUAGGGGAGAUGGUGCAGCAGCAGCUCGAUAAACUGCAGCAAAACAAGCAGCAGCAGCAGCAGCAGCAGCAGCAGCAGCAGCAGGGAGAAGGGCAGCAGGGAGAAAGUUCACAAACGGGACAGUCGGAACAGCAGCAGCAGCAGCAGCAGCAGCAGCAAACUGCUGCUGCAGCAAGCAAUCAACCCGUCACAGAUGCUGCAUCAAAUGCCGAUGCAGCAGCACCUGCAGCAGCAGCAGCAGCAGCAGCAGCAGCAACUGGUGCUGAAGAGUCGAUUUCUAUGGAGGUGUCUGGGCCUGCUGCAACGCGGAGCACUGCAGCAGCAGCAGCAGCAGCAGCAGAACCUGCAUCAUCAUCAUCAUCAUCAGCAGCAGCAACAGCAGCAACAGCAGCAACAGCAGCAGCAAAAGCAGCAGAUCAAGACGAUGCAGGUGCUAUCCAAGCCGAGAAGGACGCGUUGCUGCUGCUGCAGCGGCACAUGCAGCUGCAGCAGCAAGACUUGCUGUCGUUUCAGGGGGCGCUGCAGCACAGCAGCAGCAGCUUCUCUCCAUGGGCUGCAUGCUCUCUCCUCGUCCAUGCUGCUGCUUCUGCUGACGUUGUGCUGCUUGAUAGAUUCGGAGAGGCUGCUGCAGGGCUGGGGACAGCACUGGAUGAGGUGCUGGGGUGUAUAGCGAAUUCGUCAGCAGCAGCAGACUCGUUGGGGGGUUCAGAGGCCCGCGACGUGUUGGUGCAGCAGAUGCUGCUGCUGCUGCAGCAGCUCAUCGUUGCUGCGGGAAAGCUGCAGCCGUGGAGGCCCGUGCCCCCUGCUGCUGCUGCAGCAGAGACCAGACGCAAGGCGCAGCAAAGACCAAUGGACGUCUCAGACCUGCAGCUGCGGAGCUCUGCGUCUGAGUGGCUGCUGGACCGCAUAGCAAACCUCGCGCGUUUUUUGUCGGCUGUCUUGGCGUCAGCAGAAACGCAGCGUCGGUUUGUGUCUCGGGGGGGCAUCAUGCUGCUGCUGCAGCUCAGCGACAGCAGCUGUCUGCCCCCCGGGCUGCUGCAGCUGUUCCCGCAGCACCCCCUCGUACACCUGCUGCGGCAUGCUGCUCCUUAUGACUCUCUGCUGCAGCAGCAAGCGGUGCAGCAGCUGCUGCUCGAUAGAGCUCUCACAGCACUGCAGCGGCUGCUGGCGGUGAAACAACGAUGGAGAAAAUGCGGCUUCUGGCCCCGCAACCAGAACCAGCAGCAGCAGCAGCAGCAGCAGCAGCAGCAGCAGCAGCAGCUGCCUGAGCCCCUGAGAUAUGUGCCGCAGCAGGAGAGAAAGGAGCUGGUUUUCUCUCUGCACGGCUGCAGCAACUCGAUGACUUUGCUGCUGUCUUUACACCGGGAGUUUUGUCUUGCGUAUGGUACAGCCCCAACGAGAACAGCAGCAUUCGCGCAGCAGCAGCAGCUGCAGCAGCUGCUGCUGCUGCACCUAAGCCACCUGCUGCUGCUGCUGCAGCCCCUUUAUACAUGGAUGCUGCAGCUGCUCUAUGCAUGCACGCCCCCUGCUGAGGGAGAGAACCCCUCGCUGCUGAGCCUGAAACACAACUGCCACGAGCACCCGUCGGUGCGCGCCAGCAGGCUGCUGCACGAGCAGCAGCUGCAGCAGCAGCAGCAGCAGCAGCAGCAGCAGCAGCACAGGGGGCCAGCAGCACCACCACCUGAUCACCCACUCUCUAACAACGAUAUGCUCUGGAGCUCGCUCGGAGAAUUCGCGUACUCUUCUCCUCCGCCGCUGCCAGCAGGCUACAGCAGCAGCAGCAGCAGCAGCAGCAGCAGCAGCAGCAGCAGCAGCAGCGGUAGUGGCAGUGUGGAUAUUGGUAGUGACAGCAGACGCAGUGCGGGAGCCACCAGCAGAAGUAACAGCAGCAGCAGCAGCAGCAGCAGCAGCAGCAGCAGCAGCUGCAGCAGCGC